CCUGUGUCACUGCAAAGGGCAAAGCCUUCUGAAAUAGUAACAAAGUUGUUCUCAAACCACUUUGUGGUUUGCAUUUGGUUUCAGACAGCUUCAGAAACUUGUUGCCAUGAGGAAAAUAACCUGUGCCUUGCCCUCCGUCCAGGGAAGGACUGCCGCCCUGUGAAAUGCUCCUGCUCCAAGGUGCAGAGGGGCUAGCAAUGGUACCUGGGCAGAGCAAGGAGGACCUCAGCCAGCAGAGCCAGAUGAUGAAAGCAGGGGAGGAUGAGGAGAGCAGCCGGGGCAGCCACCGCAGCAGCCGCCACCACCUCCAUGAGCUCCCGGCUGCAACAGGCUGUGGAACAUUUACCUUUUUAUCUUCUGCCGUUGCUGCUGUGAGUGGACUUCUGAUGGGCUAUGAGAUGGGCGUUAUCUCUGGAGCUCUUCUUCAAAUGAGCAGCAUAUUAGAGCUGUCUUGCAAAGAACAGGAAAUCGUUGUGAGUUCCCUGCUUUUUGGGGCCUUAUUCGCAUCCCUUAUUGGUGGAUUCCUGAUAGACCGAUUUGGAAGGAGACUUGCUAUUAUUAUUGCAUCUUCUUUACUUGUGUUGGGGAGUUUGAUUAUACUGCCCUAUGAAUCAUAUGGGCUACUUAUUGUGGGACGGAUUGCCAUAGGUAUUUCCAUAUCAUUAUCAUCAAUUGCAACAUGUGUGUAUAUUGCUGAGAUCGCGCCAAAGCACAGAAGAGGCCUCCUAGUAUCAUUAAAUGAACUCAUGAUAGUGAUGGGCAUUCUCUUUGCCUAUAUUUCAAAUUAUGCUUUUGCUAGUGUAUCUCAUGGCUGGAAGUAUAUGUUUGGCCUUGUGAUUCCAUUAGGUGUUUUGCAGGCUGUUGGCAUGUAUUUCCUUCCUCCAAGUCCUCGGUUUCUUGUAAUGAAAAACAAUGAUGAAGCUGCGAGAAAAGUACUGGAGAGGUUACGGGAAACAUCAGAUGCUACUAAAGAACUUACUGCAGUCAAGUCUUCCCUGAAAGAUGAAGAUCAGUAUAGUUUCUUGGACCUGUUUCAUUCAAAAAACAACAUGAGAGCUCGAAUGUUGGUAGGACUCACCCUAGUCUUUUUUGUGCAAACAACUGGGCAACCCAACAUUCUAUUUUAUGCAUCAACUGUUUUGAAGUCAGUGGGGUUCCAGAGCAAUGAAGCUGCCAGCUUGGCUUCUACUGGAGUUGGAGUAGUUAAAGUGGUCAGCACAGUCCCAGCCAUAGCUUUUGUGGAUCAAGUUGGAAGUAAAACUUUUCUAUGUAUUGGCUCUUCUGUUAUGGCAGUAUCUUUGGUCACAAUGGGCUUAGUGAACCGUAACAUAAAUAUGAAUUUCACCAGCAUCUGCAGAAGCCAGUCUCCAGAGGAUUUAUUUCACCAGAGACCAGGAAACCCCAGUGGUGUCACCAAUGGUAGCCUCAAGGACCUCUCUGCUAGUGCAGGUUUGCCAGAAAGAUUGUUAUUUGAUGCGCAGAGAAGCCCAGAUGUUGCCAAGACAGGAGAACUGAACAGUACUGCCCUUGCAGGAGGCAAAAGCACAACAGGUUUUCACAUGGAAAGUGAGGAAGUUCCUGUUGUCCUGAAAUGGCUCUCGCUGGUCAGUCUGCUUGUUUAUGUUGCUGCAUUUUCCAUAGGUCUUGGACCAAUGGCCUGGCUGGUCCUGAGUGAAAUUUUCCCUGGUGGCAUCAGAGGACGGGCCAUGGCUUUGACAUCUAGCAUGAACUGGGGUAUAAAUCUCCUCAUCUCCUUGACAUUUUUGACUGUAACUGAGCUCAUUGGCUUGUCCUGGGUGUGCUUCAUUUACACAAUCAUGAGCCUAGCAUCCAUGGCUUUUGUGGCAGUCUUUAUACCAGAGACGAAAGGAUGCUCUUUGGAACAAAUAUCCAUGGAACUAGCUGAACAGAAAUAUGUGAAGACCCCAUGGUGCUGGAUGAGCCAGCGCAGAGAGAAACUGGUGCCGGUGGAACUUGCCACAAGAGAGAAAGAGCAGCUCUACUAGACCCAGGGCAAUCAAAGCAGCCUUUACCAAAAGACUGAUAAAAACACCCCUCAGUGGUGCCCACACUGAUGGGACACAUGGUAUCUUUAUUAUACACAUGAUAUUAUCUCUUUCAUUUCUCAGUAGAGCUUCUUUCAGUGGCAGUUUACAGCCAACAUUAAAGAUUGCUGUAGUUUGUAACUUACCAGAAAUCUAGGCUCUGUCUCCUUUACACCACCAUCCCUCACCUUCCCUCAGGUUACUCACCUCUUACCUAUAGGAGAGGAAUGUAAAUUGUAGUAAUGUGCACAAUUCUAGCUACACUUAUUCAACAGGAGCUCAGCCUGGAAGAGGUGCAAAGAAUUACUGGGGUACUAAGAUAAAGGAAGGAAUCUCACAGGAGGAGCCCAUCAAAGACAGGUCUGUUUAGCCUAGCAAACACGGGACUGAGAAAGGUUAACAACUGUGUCAGUGUUAGGGAAGACAACACUGUAGAACAAAAACAAAAAACAGAAAACUAUGGCAUGUAAAGGAUGGUGCAGGACUACUGGGUAUGAACUGUUUAUGAAUUACUUUAAGCUUUGGAGUAAGAAAACUUGAAAAGGGAUCUUGUUCAUCAGAACUUAUUUAUAUCACAGAGCAUGCUCAGCUUAUCAAAGGAACUUUCCUUACAGUUUCCUGGGAGCAACAGGAUUCAGUGACCCAGGUAAUACUGCUCAGAAAACAAAUUGUUUAAUGGGGGGACAUUUGCACAGUAAAUUACUCUAGAUCAGGGAUGGCCUUACAGAAGAGGCAAUAGGAUUUCUUUGGCUUCUCUGUCCCAGGAAAGUUGGAAGCUGGAGGUACCAGAGUUGAUGCCAAAAUGGUUCUAUUUCUCAACACAGGGCACACUAGACUUUGACUUUUGGAUUCUGAAAGUAAGACUUGUGCAGUACAAGACAGCACAAAGGGAGUUUGGAAACCAUAAUCACUGCAAAUCGUAAAUCAUGUAAAAUUCUUGGUUAUUUCUUACCAAGUGUAUCCUGAAGUACUCAACAAAACUCUAUAAAGGGUUAUCUAUAUGGGUCCCAUAAAAAAAUGCAGGUCUUUUUUUUUCUUAGGUUAACAGAUUUUGUUAGAAUGAUCAGAAGAUAAAAAUUUAUUAUCAGAUAAAUAAAUGGUUUUUUGAAUUAAAAAACCAUGCAUUAAAAGCAUGCCGCUUGUCUAAGCAGCCACACAGUGGCAUUUCUUCCAGCAUUUAACUGAGGAAUCAAGACUGACACUGUCAGCUGGAGUGCAUAUACUGCUCUGAGCUAAGCACAUGAUCCCACCUUAUUUGCUGUCUCAUAGCAUUAAACCCAUCUGGCUGUGUCCUGCACUGAAAGAACAGUGACUUACUGAUCCACGUAAAGUUUUACUUCUGAGCAGGGUAGAUCAGUUCUGAUCAGAUUCUCACAUGGUCACACUUUUGGAUACCGACAUUGUAAAUUUAUAGGCACAUGUCUAUUCAUACAGUGAGCAUGAAACCUGAAAAGAAACUAUUGAAGCCAAGGACAUGAUUUGCCAGAGGACUGGAAAUUUAGCUACCUCAGAGUGGGAACCUACAGGCCAAAUAUGUACCACAACUUUCCUGCAUUGUAAACUUUAAACAAACUAAUAUCAAGACCCUGUUGGACUUUCAGUACAAAGGUCAGGUAAGUAGUUACCACAACACAGGAUUUUUAACUGUGCAGAUCCCAUGUCAUUUAAACCAAGUGAAACUCUGAAUGGGUAGCCCACUAGCUAGCUGACCAGCUUAUGGCUGCCUUUUUUGUCCUGAUCCUAGAGCCAGCAGACCUCACAAGAUCACAGGUGCCAUGAGACCAAGAUGCUUUCAGGGGUGCUUAUGGUAGAAUGCAUAAGGCUCAGAAAGAUGACAGUUUUGGCACAUACAACCUACCAAAAAUAAAGUAAAAUCACAUCAUAAGAGUCCGAUCUUCUCAUAAGGGUCCAUGUGAGCAAUUCUGACAUAAUCUAUAAGGAACAUGAGACUGAGCACAGCCAGGACAUGUGGACAGACUGGUGCUGUGUACCCAAGAUGUAGGCGACUCAGACCAAAGGCCCCAUCAGAAGCAGUAAGCUUGAAAGUCCUUUGCUCUCGUUCCCUGUGGGGAAUCAGCAGGUUCUAUCCCAAGCUAAAAUUCCACCCUGUGUCUCAGGUGCUUCCAUCUUCUCCACAAACAUGGAAAACUUUGGGUCCUAUUACUUUGAAUUUUCCAAUAAAAGUUGAAGACCUGUUUAGAA